UCAGCGACCACCUUUCCUCAAAAACGCAGCGCGUCCCGCGUCUCUCCGCCACACAACGCCGGAGUUCAGACGGUGAACAAGAACAGCGAGGCCGAGAUGAGGCGGUUUUUCCUUCUGGCUCUUGUAGGACUCGUCGGUGCCUUAGAUCCCGACCUAGUCGGCGACUUCUGCGCCGGCCGCAGAGAUCCAUGCUGCAACGGUCGCGAGGACGACUGCUCCGUUCCCAUCCUGGGAACGCUGUGUUACUGCGACGUUUUUUGCGACCGACCGGGCAGCAGUGACUGCUGUCCCGACUACGCUAGGGUUUGCAAGGGCAUCGUGCCACCUCCCGACGAGCAUCGACAGUUGCACUGUGACGCUGACGGGGCCAGAUACAGCGCUGGUCAGAGCUUCAUGGUCAACUGCAACCGAUGCACUUGCCGCCAGGUGACGGAAUCGCAGACUCGUCUGGACUGCGAGGACAGGCCGUGCUUGGUGAGGCCCGAGCUCAUCCGACAGAUCAACACAGGCAACUUUGGAUGGACAGCCAGCAACUACUCGUUCUUCUACGGCAAGCUCCUGGAGGACGGCUUUCGAUACAGGCUUGGGACCUUUCAACCCGAGCGACCAACGGCCGAGAUGAACGAACUGCAUCUCAAGAGGCGCGAACCACUGCCGGAGGACUUCGACGCCAGGGUCAAGUGGGCAGGACUGGUGCACGGCAUCAGGGAUCAGCACGACUGCGCCGCCUCCUGGGCCUUCUCUACAACAGCGGUGGCCGCGGACCGACUGUCCAUCCAGUCCAGGGGUGUGGACAAGGUCGAGCUGUCGCCACAGGACCUGCUCUCCUGCCUCAAUGGGGGCCGCAGGGUCACGUGCCAAGGAGGCCACGUGGACAGGGGAUGGCGUUUCCUCGUCAACUAUGGCGGCGUGUCCGAGGACUGCUACCCGUACGAGAGCGGGUACAGCAACGCCAGCACAACGUGCAGGAUCGCGAGGAGGCGCGUUCCCACCGAAGACCCCAUCUGUCCCACGGGUCGCCAAGACCAGAAGUACUUCUCCACACCGCCAUACAGGGUGCCAGCAAAUGAGGAAGACAUCAUGCAAGAGAUCUAUGCCAAUGGUCCUGUUCAAGCAUUGAUGCUUGUCAAGGAGGACUUCUUCCUGUACAGCAGCGGCGUCUACAAGCACACGCGGUUGGCCCACAACCUGCCACCCGAGUACCAGAAGAGCGACUGGCACUCCGUCCGAAUUCUCGGGUGGGGUGUUGACCGAACACAGUACCGGCCUCAGAAGUACUGGCUCUGCGCCAACUCCUGGGGCAGCGGCUGGGGCGAAAAUGGCUACUUCCGCAUCGUCCGCGGCGAAGACGAAAGCCAAAUUGAGUCCUUUGUCUUGGCUGUCUGGGGACGCAGCUACGCCUCCUACUAUCGCCAGAACUACGGUGGCUACCGUGAGCAAGAGGGCUACUCCAACGAGCUACUCAGCUAACCUCCCGGAAACUUGGAGACACAUGCACGACAUCCUCGCUUUCUUGGCGGUGCAGAAACUCGUGCAGAAGCUUCACCCUUGACCGACGGCAGGAUUCAUCUCGCUGCGCCAUUAAUUUCUUGAACCAAGUAAAUCGGCGAAUUCGUCGAGCUCGGUCCGAAAUUCCCGUAAAUGUGCAGCCAGUAGACCGUGCGUUUUUGGAGACAUUAUGUCCCCCAUCUAAUCGAGCCUUGCAGGCAGUUACGCCUCACAGUGUUCCAGUCAUACUGGCUGUAUAGAUGCCCAGAGAGUGACGAGCUAGUGCCUCUGCUGCAAGACGAAAUUCGGUCACAGAAACACACGGUCCUUAAGGUGCGUUAUGCAGUGUCCAUCUACAGGACUACACACCGGUCUAAUGCCAAGAUGCCGAUUUAUGAAAUUCUGAAUAUCUAUGGUGCAAUGAAAUGAACCUUGCCGUACUUUUACCAGGACCGCAUUUGUUCGUAAAUCUCCUUAGCUCCCCUUCCCUCACAGCUUUUUGAACAAUGUUAUUAGAAGAGUUUCAUGUUAUGAGAAGCUUAGGUAAAGGAAGAGGAACUGGCUUUGCUACGCCUUGCAUUCAUAAGCAAUAUGCUGACGUCGACAUAAGAUCACCAGCCAUCUUAAUAAAACUGCCACUUUCAAUGAGCAAAGCUACUUCCGCGAAUACAGACACUGGUCGUGUGAGCACGGUCACUGCCGAAGCAUGCUUUCUUUUAGAAACGACAACUUCAAGAUGUUUUUAAGUGUCAUCUAGCAGAGCUCAGAGUUCAAAUCAAUUGAGGCGGUGUAAGUGUUGACAUACCCCCAUUUACACCUUUUUACAGGUAUGUAGACGCAUGCAUCCACAUGCAAGUUUUUUUGCUUGGGCGUGCAUUAUCAAUGCUAUGCAACCUUUACACACAGUAAUCUGAAAAUAUUGAUUAUUACCCAUAAGGCUCUCAUAAAAAGCAUUCUGCAUUAUUAUAGCUGUUCUUGCCUUUUAUAUUUUAUAGACUGCUCUUCACUGGUAUUGUUCGGGAGUGUGCAUCGGCUUAAUGUUGGUAGCUUGUCCUGUCAUUUAGCAUUUCUAUCACUCGGCUUGUUCACUUACAUGUUUGUUUCUCACCGCCCCAUCCAAUGUGCGAGGUGCUCCAACACUGCCAUUGUAAGACGGAGGCAAGUUUUUACAAAAGAUUUGUGUUUCAAUCAUUGGUCGUGGCAUACAUCUUAACUACUAGACUACUGUGACAACAAGUUACGUUGUUUUUAUCUGUGGCAUUUGUGAGCACAAAUAAAAAAGAGUUUCGCAAGA